GACCUGGUUAUCUUUAUUAACACAAAGAGUAAGGCGAAGUUGUUUUUAAGUUAUUGACCAGACUUGAUAGUGACAGAGACAUACUUCUACCAUGAACGUCCAGUCUCGUUAGUUAAAUAUUUCGUCUAGUCAGAGAUAUGAACGAAGUGAAGUUUUGGUUUUGUUUUCUAUCUUUUUGGAUUUAUAAUAAUUUUGUAUUGACAGUGCCUAAGUUAAGAACAGAUAUAUGGCGUGAAGUUAAUAGUGAAUAUGAACAUGAUACGAAGUUGCUUAAAAAUAAAUUCGUCCAUGGGGAUACUUCUAGAUUGCCCAGGGUGUUGAAUUUUUUUCCUGUGCCCGUAGAGGAAGAAUGCAAUGCCAAUGAUGGUCGACGCAAAGGAGUUUGCAUGAAUACAUACGAAUGUAAAAUGAAAAGUGGAGUAUCCUUUGGUUCAUGUGCUUAUGGAUUUGGAGUUUGCUGCGUAUUUACCGCUACAUGCGACAAUGCAAUUUUCAACAACAUCACUUAUUUCGUCAAUCCUGAUUUUCCUGAUCUGACAAAAGGCAUGUCUUCUUGUUUAUUGACGGUAAAAAAGAUGGACGACGACAUUGCUCAGAUACGUUUGGAUUUUAUACACUUUAAUUUGGGACAGCCUAACAGAAAAAAUGGAGUGUGUGAGGACGAUGUAUUUCUAUUGUCGACUGGAAAUACUGCGAGAGAUGUAACUUUAUGCGGACUUAACAGUGGACAGCACAUUUAUUUCGACGUCGAGAAUAUACAAGAACAUAUAAAAAUCAGUAUGAAACUGAAUAGAAAAGCAGUAAAUAGACUUUGGGAAGUGAAAAUAACACAAAUUCCUUUUUCACAAAGGGCGCCAGCUGGAUGUUUACAAUAUUUUGAAGGGUCUACGGGAGUUGUUCAAACAUUAAAUUUCGCCGAAAAUGGUCGGCAUUUAGCUAACCAAGAUUACAAUAUAUGCAUUCGACAAGAAGAAGAAAUGUGUGGUAUUGUAUACGAACCUUGUCAUGAAAACGCUUUCAGAAUUAGUGCUAAUAAUGGAAACGAUGACGGGGAUUUAGGAUCAGGUGAUUUUGUUGAUAGCUCAGAAGGGGGACAAAUGGAAACUUGUGGAGAUAAAAUCACCGUGCCAUGUGAAUCAGAUGACUUAUUAUCUCCUGGAGAUGAAGAUUUAUUGCAAGGAACAUGUGAUAUCAGUCAUUGUGGAUCGUCACUUUGUCCUGCUGGAGAACGUCCUUGUAGGAUAGAGAGUACGGUGACACCUUUCGUUAUUGGUGUUCAUUUCGGGCCCAGUCUCAGAGAUGAAUCUCCUGAGGAUAAUUUGGGAAUGUGUUUAGUUUACAAGCAAUUACCAUGUAACGUUUGAUAUGUAUAAUAAAUGUUGUGUUUAAAGGUUAAAAUUAUUUUUCCUAAUUAAUUUGGAACCCUGCAGCUAUAUAGGUAUUAUGAAAAACAAUA